GUCCCAAUGUACUCUAUCUGGCCUGGCAAUAUCCGUAAUGCUUCCGCUCUCCCCCGUAGCACUCGUCCUACCGUGUACCUGCUUGAGUGCAACCUGCCUAAUCUCCCCCCCUCUCUAUCCUCGUAUUUAUCUAUUUAUCACAUCCCUCUCGGCCAUCCCAGGUUCCUACGGGGCACCAUCGAGGAAGAUGCUCGGGAUGGACCAACUCUCCAAAACGAAAUCAAAUAAUCGGGGAAGAAUAUCACUAAGGAGGCAGGUUCCUUAGAGCCACACGUAUCAUGUGGCAAAGGAGGCGCCCGCGUACUAUCAAUACAAGCCAUAUUAAUAAUCGUCAU